AUUCAUUCGAGCUUAUAACCAACAAUUUUGUUAUCAACCAAUAACAUCAAGUACAUUUACUUAUAUUAAAGACCUAAAAUAGUCAGAUGGAUAUACUGGAACCUGAGGAACCUCCUUCAGAAGUUCUGUUAGAACUGCAAGAUACUUUGAAGAAGGUCUGUUCCUAUACAAUCCAGUUUGAUGAGAAACCAAACACUAUUACUAAGGAACAAUCACUAGUUGUAAAGGAUAUUGAAAAAGCAAUAAACGAAAAUAAAAGAAUAGUCAAAAAGAUAAUGACUGGAAUGAAUGAAAUAUUUCAGAAUGAAACGUAUUUGAAAAAAGCCUUGCUUCCCACUGUUCUCAAAAAGGAGGGAGUCACUUUUGCUAUUGAACAAGAAAGUCUUGUUAGAUUAUUACUGAGAGUGAAUCAGCUCCAAGAAGAUAUAUUCAAAUUAAUAAUAGAAGAAAUGAUGAAAGUUUGUUCUGAUACAGAAGAUUGUGGCAUGAUGAGACUCCUUCUAAAUCCAUUAAAAUACCUUCCUAAUAUCAAUGACGCUGAAAAUUUCAGUGAGAGGUUAUUAGAUUUAUUAGAAAUUGGCUCCUCAGAAUUGCAACUUGAAAUGUUAGAUUUUAUACCUGAUAUCAUACCGGACAGUUGUUACGAUAAAGUUGCUGAACAACUCUUAAGAAUUUUGAGUUCCGGACAGGGUCCUGGGGAUGCAAUUAUUGGGUGCUUUGGUUCCUUUGAUUUUGACCAAACUGUCAGAGAAAAUUUAUAUGGAACACUUUUCGAUCAAAUACUUCCAGUUCAUCCAGAUUGCUUACCAGCUACUUUGAAACUGCUGUUUAAUAAUCAUAAAGGUAAAAUAUCCCCUCACGUUUUCCUAAAAAUAAGAGAUAUGAUUGACUCUAUCAUGACGGAAACAACAUCUGUUGAACGCAAAACUAGUAUAAUUGAUAUACUAAGGAGUGUUUCUAACAAAGGGAUUAUAAUCCAGAGCUGUAUUGAUGUGAUGAACAAGUUCAAGACAUCCAAAGAGCACAAACCAUUUGACCUACUUGUACUGUUGAUAUUAGGAGAAGACAAGAAAUAUAAAGAAUUGAUCAGAAAGAAGAUAGAAUCCGACCAUUUUACUCCUGAAUUGGUGGCUAGUUUGAUGUCUUUUGCAUUGCUUGAUGAAAAUUUCGAUAAUAUCAUCAAACUGACCAGUUAUUUGUUGAGAUACCAUUCAGAAAAGAUGCAAAACUUCACUAAGAGCUUACUUGAUGCUGUUUUCUCUUUCGACCUGCAAGGCGUAAAAAAAGUGAUGCUCACAAGGGAGAUAGUAGAUUGUCUCAUCAGAGCUUCUCAUAACAGCGAUUUAAAAUGUGUUCAUCAAGCUCUGAGGAUAUCUUACGACCUAGUGGUGAAGUUUCCCGAUAAAUUCUACCAAAACUUGAACAAGGUGAUGGGGCUUCUGAGGAAAAUUGAUGAUUUUGAUUUAUACGCAGCGUCAUUAGUCUACCAAAUCAUCUGUCAUAUUUCCUCCAGUGUGGAUCCUUGCAACCCACAAGCAGAAGUCAUUAGGAACGAAGUUAGUUUGGUUUUAAGAAAACAACUUAUGAGUUCCAAGAGGUUGAAGAAGUCCAAAGGGGUCAUGGGGUCCAUAAUGCAGUUGAAGAGUGACAUCAGGAAGAAAAUAGCAGAUUCUGAAAUAUUUGGAAACAGUACUGAUGAAAUACAAGAGUCAGAAAUGUUUGAUUCUCCACCUUCAACAAUUGCAGAAGCUUCGAUUUUAGUCGAGGCUGUUUGUGCUCUAACCCAAGGAAUUCCUGAGUGUAUUGGACUGUUUUACGAUGAAUUAGCCUCGUUGUUUUGUGAAAUAGAUGUUAAAACGGAUUUCAUAAAAUGGAUAGCGAAGAGGACACGUGCUUUAUUGGAAAGUUACAUCAUUGAUUCAAAUGAAGAAUCGAAAGAAAUAAAUAAUCUGGUAUUUGAGGCAGAAUAUGCUAUCGAUAAGACAAAAUCUUAUGUGAUGAACAUCGGCCCAAUGGCCAUGGAACCUCAAAAAUAUGAAAAUAGCCCUUUGGUACUUUUGCCAGCCUUGUUUCGUUUAUACAGAACCUUCUACAAAGGAAAGAGCCUAGAUUCAUUACAAGCAGGAGAUUACGAGUACUUCUUGAACUGUUCCUUCAUGUUACCAGACGUUGACAACCUUGAAGAUCUGGAGUCCCACCAGUUGAAACAGGUUGCGGAUGUGUUAUACCACACCAUAAAUUAUUUAAAGGAAGUUGUUGAAGCAUCAGUCGACAAAGAAAUACCUCGUCAAACCUUCCUUGAUAGAAUGCAACUCCUGAUCAAACUCGAGAACAUUUUCAACGAUCUCUUGAAAAGAAUAUCCGAACACUAUUUUCCUCUGCCAUAUUUCAACGAUUUUUCGAAGACAAAACAACUACACGAGAUCAAGAAGAAGACUACAACAACAACAAAGGGAAACAAAAAAAGGAAAAUAGUUCCAGAUGAUUCGAUAGCAGCAGCAUCUACGUCGAUCUUAAGCAGCAGACCACUCGAUGAUUCAUCGAUUAUCCCCGCAUCAACAUCUAGGAAGAAAAAAGGACCAAGCCCUGGCUCGAAAUACCUCGUACAGCACAACAUUAAUUUUAGAGAAAUCAGUUUUUUCAAUCUUUUUAAUAUGAUUGAGUUCGGUACGGAUUCUAGCUGUGGGGGAGACAACGCCAUACAAACAAAUCGUUCCCAUCUGAUUUUUGUCUUAAGGUACGCGGUAAGACAACUGAAAGUCCUGUUUCUUAGAAAAGCCGAAUUGUCAAUAUUGGAAGUGGAUCUCACACCGGAGAAAGUUCUAGAGAAAAUAUCUCUCCGAUUACCUGUAGUUACAAAAACUUUCACGGAAAUAGUGAAAGAAAUGAAUUCCUUGGAUGUUUGCGACAUCGAAAAUGACACUCAUUGCGACUUGAUAAUGUGCUAUUCGUACCUUUUAGAAAUUUUCUUGUUAGUUUUGAGUGUUCCGAUUAGGCAACCAUGCGAAUUGAUGAAAAAAAUCCACUUGUAUUUGGAUGUUGAUCAAGACGAAAAGAAUACCCGGAAAAAAUUGAUUGCAACCUUUUCGAGUUAUCUUGAAGACAGCAGACUUCUGUCGCAUAGCGUGCUGAUCUAUCAGAUAAUCGACAAGAUAGUGGAAUACCAACCGAUGAGAGGUUCUAAAGAACUGAAAUUGGAGUUGUGUGAAAAAAUUGUGAAAAAGAAGUGGAGCAGUUCCAAAUUUCUGCUUUAUUCGGAGAAGCAAAUGAAUCAGGAUACGAAGUUGGUUUUGGAGAAAUACUUCCAGGAGAAGAAAGUGAAAGAAUUGCAUGAAUUGAUGACUAGUGUGGUCGAUGAAUACGCAGGUCUAUCCGAUAGGAACUAUCAUUUACCUUGUUUGCUUAUGGUAAACCACUCCAAUUUUCACAUAAUGUUUGUUAGUGUAUGUAUUGCUCUCCAACAAAAUGUGGAAAAAGAAGUGAAACAACAAGGUGUUAGUGAAAUGGAACAUCUAAGAUUGUGGAAGGACACAACAAGUAUAAUGUUCAUUCUGAUGAACAUCUCUAGGAACGAACUAACCAAACACAACACUCUGCUGUGCGCCUUCCUCAAAACUUCAAUACCUAUACUAAGAAUCUUCAUAGCUCAAGCUCUACCCAUCUUCCAUUUGAUUUUUAACAGCAAAACUGAAGCAGUUGUGGAGGUUUUGAAGACCAUGCAGUAUAGCACCAGGUUCCUCCAUCAUCUCUGUUGUCAAUCGAAGAUGUUAAAGAAUCUAUCGGUUGUCUCUCACAUUCCUAGUUUUCGACUGGUGUUGGAACAGUUGAUUUACAAGGUUAAGGCCAUUUUGGUUUCUCAUAAUCGUAACGAUGCUUUCUUCUUGGGUAAUUUGAAGAAUAAAGAUAUUCAUGGUAAUACCCAAACUAGUGAGCAGAUGGAGGAAGAUAUCACACAAGAAAAUGAGGGAGAAGAUGAGGAAGCUUUGCCAUCUGAAGAUGAGAGCGAUGAAAAUGUUGAUGAUGAUGAUAGAUCGGAAAGUUUAACAUUUUAGUUAGAAAUCUGUGUUACUUUAGAUAUUUUGCUCUAUUUUCAUAUUGAAAAGCAGUUUAAGUUUGUUAUUUUACUAAAUAAAUUUUUGAAACGUUUGUGAAUAACUUUAUUUGGACCUCAACUAAUUUUUUUUGUAUUAAAUCACCAAUCCAACUGUUUAGAGACAACAUAAGACAACUUCAUUUUUGUCGAAAUGAUUCCAAAACUAAAUGGCGCUCCAGUCCAUUUAUUCCAUAAAUUCUCUAAACUUUCUUACUUUAAUCAUUGUAUGGGGAAAGAAAAAGGUCUGUAAGUGUCGGACUUAUUUCAAAUGGCACACCCUGUAUUUAACUCUUAGGCAACUAUGCGAAUUGAUGAAAAAAAUCCAUUUGUAUUUGGAUGUGGAUCAAGACGAAAAGAAUACCCGGAAAAAAUUGGUUACCAUCUUCUCAAGUUACCUUGAAGACAGUAGACUUCUGUCGCAUAGCGUGCUGAUCUAUCAGAUAAUCGACAAAAUAGUGGAAUACCAACCAAUGAGAGGUUCUAAAAAACUGAAAUUGGAGUUGUGUGAAAAAGAAGUGGAGCAGUUCCAAAUUUUUGCUUUAUUCGGAGAAGCAGAUGAAUCAGGAUACGAAGUUGGUUUUGGAGAAAUACUUCCAGGAGAAGAAAGUGAAAGAAUUGCAUGAAUUGAUGACUAGUGUGGUUGAUGAAUACGCAGGUUUAUCUGAUAGGAACUAUCAUCUACCUUGUUUGCUUAUGGUAAACCACUCCAAUUUUCACAUAAUGUUUGUUAGUGUAUGUAUUGCUUUCCAACAAAAUGUGGAAAAAGAAGUGAAACAACAAGGUGUUAGUGAAAUGGAACAUCUAAGAUUGUGGAAGGACACAACAAGUAUAAUGUUCAUUCUGAUGAACAUCUCUAGGAACGAACUAACCAAACACAACACUCUGCUGUGCGCCUUCCUCAAAACUUCAAUACCUAUACUAAGAAUCUUCAUAGCUCAAGCUCUACCCAUCUUCCAUUUGAUUUUUAACAGCAAAACUGAAGCAGUUGUGGAGGUUUUGAAGACCAUGCAGUAUAGCACCAGGUUCCUCCAUCAUCUCUGUUGUCAAUCGAAGAUGUUAAAGAAUCUAUCGGUUGUCUCUCACAUUCCUAGUUUUCGACUGGUGUUGGAACAGUUGAUUUACAAAGUUAAGGCCAUUUUGGUUUCUCAUAAUCGUAACGAUGCUUUCUUCUUGGGUAAUUUGAAGAAUAAAGAUAUUCAUGGUAAUACCCAAACUAGUGAGCAGAUGGAGGAAGAUAUCACACAAGAAAAUGAGGGAGAAGAUGAGGAAGCUUUACCAUCUGAAGAUGAGAGCGAUGAAAAUGCUGAUGAUGAUGAUAGAUCGGAAAGUUUAACAUUUUAGUUAGAAACCUCUGUUACUUUAGAUAUUUUGCUAUAUUUUCAUAUUGAAAAGCUGUUUAAGUGUGUUAUUUUACUAAAUAAAAUUUUGAAAACGUU